CCGCUUAGCCUUCCCUGCAAACUUUUCUGCAUCUUUCUCCUUAAUCAAUCCUCUGCAAAUCACUCCAAUUGCUGCUAUCCACGGCCACCAUGAACAUGAACAGUAGCAGCUUUACUCCGCCCCUGCCGCCGCCCAUUGACGGCAAUGCUGCCGCCGCCGCUCCUCCACCUUUACAGAUGGUGGCGGCGGCAGUCCCCUUCAACAUGCAUCCUCCGGAGCAGAAAGUGAGAAGAAGGCCCAAAUAUCCUCCCACCACCGCGAGUGCCGCCAAGAAGUCGCCCGCAACGCAGCAGGACCCGCCCGGGCCGUGCACCGAGUGCGGGAAGAGGUUCUGGUCGUCCAAGGCACUGUACGGUCACAUGCGCUGCCACCCGGAACGGACGUGGCGGGGGAUUAACCCCCCUCCCAAUCUCAACCGCGGGCGGCUAACCCAGCCCCCGGACGAAGACUGCCUCCCCAGUAGCAGUCUUCCCUUAGGGCUGCCCCAGCAGGGGGCUCUGUCCCUACUCCCAUCCCCACCCUUACACUGUCCUAACCACUCCCAAAAAAUGACAGAGGAAGAGCACGACGUGGCGGCGUCCUUGUUGCUGCUGGCUCAAAGGGAGACUACCAGCCAGCAGUUCUACCGGAACACGGUCGACCGGGCCCACGUCGAGGGCAGUUUCGGGAUUAGCAGAAACGACAAAAACAACGAAGAUGGGGAGAUGGUGAUUAACCUUAAAAGCCACAAAUGCAGCAUCUGUUCAAGAGUUUUCUCCAGUGGCAGAGCCUUGGGUGGACACAAGAGAUGUCACUGUAGCAGCGGCAGCGGCGGUGGAGGAGACUAUCGUCUUCUUCUUCGUUGUCCUCCGCCGCCUCCCCUCGCCUCCUCCUCUUCCUCGCUGGUGGGCCCCACCGUCAAUUAUCUGGAUUUGAACUUCUUGCCGCCGCCGCUGCCGCCGCCUGCAACUCCUUCUUUCCAUAUGCAAGGGGAGGAUCCUUUCUAUUACUACUACCCAAUACCCUCUUCUUCUUCUUCUUCUUCUGCAACCCUUCCUGCUUUAGAUUUGAGGUUGGGACUCUAAUUUGGCUCAACUCAAAACAUAUCAUACUCAUAAUUUGUAUACUAUAUAUAAGCAUACUAUAAGUUUAGCUAGUACUUCAUGUAUAUAUGCAGGAGUAGGACAAUAUACAUAUAUGUAGUAAUUAUUAAUUAACUCAUAACUUUGUA